UGCCUGAGAACUUGCAGCUGGGUAUCAGAAGUGUUUGGUAGUCUCACUGACGGUCAAGUGGUUGAACAGACACCUGUCUGCACCAGCACGAACGUCAUGUGUCCAUACCUCCGACUGUUGACGGUAGGGGCAGCAGUGCUGGUGUUGUCUGUGUAUAGUGUCAAGGUGGCUGUCACACCUGAGGAUGUGGAUACCCUGACAUUGCUGCUGUCGGUGCAGGCGCCGUGGAACAACUGCAUAGCGACAGUAGAGACACCCAAGCUGCUCCCUAGCAACAAGUGGCACAGCGUAAAGCAGGUGGAUGUUGAUGGGUGCGACUCGGGACCGAUCAAAGUCUUCAUCCGCAACAACACCAACCCCAACUACCCCUGCACCAGCAGCAGCAUGGUGGUUGAUGUGACAUUCUACUCCGCGGACGUCCACGCCAUGCCCCCCACGUGUCCCAUCUGCUGGAACGGCACCUACCUCACCCCCCACACCAUGUGGGCAAACGAGUCCCUGUUGCCCGGAUGUGAGACGUCAGACUCUGUAGAGGGCUACCACACGACUUACUACUGGUUCCAUAUCCUGUCCUGGACAACUAAUAAACCUAUAAUAUAAC